AUGUCAACAAAGGCAAGAAAUUUGAGUGUAGAUAACACAAACAACAAAAUCUUUUUACCAAGUAUUUUUAAUAAUGACUAUGAUCUUAAUAUCAAUAUUGAUCCUAAAUUAUAUUUGUAAAAUAUAUUCAACAAAACAACAAGGACUCAAAGAACUAAAUCAUUGUAAUUUUGUAAUCAAAUAAAAUUACCUUAAAAAAUUGAACCAAUUCAAGUUAAAUAAUAACUUGAAACAGAUAAAGAGAUUGUUUAUGCAUUUGAAGAUUAAUUUUCAUAUAAAGAUAAAUAGUAAUAUACAAAUAAACUAUAAAUCAAAUUAACAAAAAAUAAUUAAAAUAAAGAAAUUAGAUAUUAAGAAUUAGUUAAUUGUUAUUGUUAGAAAUUUACAAAAAAAAAACCACCAUUAAAUUUAAAACAUCAUAAAUUAGAUCUUGAAUUUUUGUGA